AUGGAUGGACGGAUUAAAUGGUGUUUUGCUUCAACUCGGUUAUAUGUACUUGUAAAUGGUGGGUCUACUAAGAAAUUCCAACCAUCAAAAGGUUUAAGACAAGGUGACUCAUUGUCACCCAAUUUGUUUUUGUUGGUAGUUGUUAUUCUUUCUAAAUUAAUGGAUGAUGCUGUUGAAAGGGAUCAGAUUCAAGGUUUGAAAGUGGCUGAUACUGAAAGCAUGAUCUCUUAUAUACAAUUUGCAGAUGAUACUCUUAUAUUAUUAAAUGCUUCUUCUGAUGAAGUUACAAGAUUAUUCAUUAUUCUCUCUAUCUUUGAAGUUCUUACUGUCAUGAAGUUAAAUCUGGAGAAGAGUACAAUUUUUAGUGUAGGAGCUGAUGAAAUCAUUGAUAUUCUAGCAAAGGAAUUGGGCUGUAAAACUGAGACUUUACCCAUAAAAUAUCUUGGGUUACCAAUUGGUGCUAGUUCUAGGUGCAUUUCCAUUUGGGAUUCUGUCUUGGAAAGAAUUGAGCAAAAUUUGGCUACUUGA